GCCGCCGCCCGGCCCAUGCGGGGAAAGCGCACGGUCGGCCCGCCCCGUGCGACCUGCGACCUGCGACCUGCGACCCGCCGUAAAGCAGCCCCGCGCGCUGUCGCGACUCUGCCGUGCGCCGCGAGAGCCGGUUUGUGGCCCAUGGCGGCCUGGCGGGUCCUCGGGAAGCGCCGGCUCCCUCCGCUCGGCCGCGCCUUUGCGGCCCGCGGCUGUCGGCUCGCCCCGGAGCGCGGCGCCGAGUGCAGGGAGGCCGCGCCGAGCCGGGUCUCGAGAUUCUGCCCUCCCAGGAACUCGUGCCACGACUGGAUCGGACCCCCAGACAAAUACUCCAACCUCCGGCCCGUUCACUUCCACGUCCCUGAAGACGAGUCCCCAGCGGAGCAGAAGCUCCGAGAACUCCGGCAAGAAACACAGGAAUGGAACCAGCAGUUCUGGGCCAACCAGAACCGGACUUUCCGCAAGGAAAAAGAAGAAUUUAUUCACUCAAGACUAAAAGCGAAGGGCCUGGGCCUGAGAACUGAAUCCGGUCAAAAGGCAACACUGAAUGCAGAAGAAAUGGCUGACUUUUAUAAGGAAUUUCUAAGUAAAAAUUUUCAGAAGCACAUGUAUUAUAACAGGGAUUGGUACAAGCGUAACUUUGCCAUCACCUUCUUCAUGGGCAGAGUGGCCCUGGAGAGGGUUUGGAACAAGCUGCGACCGAAGCCGAAGCCCAGCAGCUAGGAGCCCGCCGGCCACCCCACCCCGCACCCAGCUUGGCGGGAAGCGGCAAGUUCUAGGAGCGUGUUCCCCGGGAUCUGACCGCCUGUCAGUGGCCGGGGUCUCACCCCUCUCCCUGGGCCCCGGCUUAUGUCAGAACUGGGCAGCAGGAGGACCUGGCCCUGGGGCCCUGGGGCCACGUGGCUCUGUCCCGCCCGGACCCCCGCUGGCUCUGGUCACAGAAGUGACGUUAAAUUAAAUAAAACCCACGCGCCUGUGUGCCUGUGAGUUGCAUUUCGAAUUACACCGAUUUGGAAUAGAGAACUUGAAAGGAGCGACCGGCCUUCAGCUGAGUCCUCGGACGGAUGGCUGGCAGCGGCUGCAGUGCCCGGCCCUCAGGGACCAGGGACCACGGGGCAGACUCGGAAGCAGGGGCACCUGGGAGAGCUCCCCAUGUGCUCCCGGGAGGUGCCGGCACUUGGUUAAAGCCCACCCCCUUUUAAAGUCUUUUAAAACCAGCACUGUUUGAGCGUGCCUGGAGGGGGGUGGGGGGGUGGACACCUGCCUCAGCAGCCAGACCACCUCAGCAAGCGAGCCACUUGGCAAACAGAUGGCUUCUGUUGUUUUUAAUGUUUUUACUGAUUUCAGAGAGAGGAAGGGAGAGAGAGAGAGAAACAAAUAUCGGCUGCCUCCUGCACGCCCCCUACUGGUGAUGGAUCCCGAAACCCUGGCAUGUGCCCUGACGGGGACUCGAACUGGUGACCUCGGCGUAUGGGACGGUGCCCAACCACUGAGCCACACCGGCCAGGGCUGGGCUCCCUUCUUGGAGUCUAAACAUUUAAGGUGAAAUGACUGUGGAAAACGUCACUUUAAGUCACAAAUAAAAGAACACGUAACUAAUGUUCUUUUGACCCUGAAAUGUAUACGCUCAGUCCCACAAGGCCAGGUGGCGUGCGGGAUUCCCGCCCAGCCAUGGCGGGUGAAGAUUUCUGGGGGCUACCUUGGCAGGGGGAUUUACCGCUUUUCCCAGGAACCCUGUGAUACAGUUAAUGCUUCUGUGACUGUACUAGAAACGUCCCCCAGACACCGAAAUGACGCUUUCAGUGGGUGACUAGUCUGUAUGUGGAUUACAGCUCAACAAAGCUGUUUAGCAAACAAGAGUGUUUUUGUGUAUGUGCAUAAAAACUCAUCUUUUUAACCUUAAAGAAGUAAAUAAAAUAGUUUUAAUUUCUUAUGUGCAGGAGAAAAGUUAAUGCUUCUGUUUCUGAAUUAAAAAGUUCAAGUUGA